AGGCUAACUCUAUUCAGUCCAAGCAGCAAGGGCAUAGUAAGAUGUGGGUUUUCUCCAUAGAUGUGGGCUGUGAAUGUCAUCAGCUCCACUCAUGAUCUCAAGAACUUGGUGUUCCCAGCAAGAUAGUAGGCGACUGGCUUUUCUCCAGACCUACUGCUGAGGUAGAGACUACUGAGAGAAUCACUGGGUUAAGGCAGUCAGACAUUUCCAUGUUCUAGAACCACCCGCCAGGCCAGUUCCUCACCGGAAUGAAGCUUUCUGGAUUUGUGAGCUUCCUCUUGCUAUUUGGCCUGUUUGUAAAUGUCCAAGGACCUAGUCUGACUGAUUUGCUGUUUUCCAGGAGAUGCCCCCGAUUCAGAGAGCACUGCGAACACAAAGAGAGGGACCUGUGUACCAGGGACAGGGAUUGCCAGAAAAAAGAGAAGUGCUGUAUCUUCAACUGCGGAAAGAAAUGUUUAAACCCCCAACAAGACAUAUGCAGCCUACCGAAAGACUCUGGCUACUGCUUGGCGUAUUUCCCUCGCUGGUGGUAUAAUAAGGAAAACAGCACGUGCGAACUCUUCAUCUAUGGAGGCUGCCAGGGAAACAAUAACAACUUCCAAACCCAAGGCACAUGCCAGAACAUCUGCAAAAAAAAAACCUCUUCGACCUGAACAGAGGACAUGCUGGGAAAACUACCAGGACUUUGCUUCUGCUCCAAGCUAUGUAUACCCACUGGAUUCUCCAGAAUAGCUUCUGGUGACGGCUCUCAAUACUCCAAGGCCUUAGGUCUUCCCAACACUGAAUCCCGGAAUGCCGUCCCUCCCUCCCAUCCGUAUCUCCAGUUCCUAGUCAUACUACCUCCUCUUUGGAACCCAUCACUAACGAUGCCUCCCCUGCUCGGCUCCACUGUCAGGAGCUCCCUUUAUUUCCAUGUAGCUCUCAGCUCUAUUCAUUAAAGUAUUUGGCUUCAC